GACAGGGUCAUUCCUCUUCCUUUACGUCUGAUCCGUCCGCUGGUUUCCCUUUUUUUUCUCUUCACAGGGAAGAUGGAAUUGCAAACGGAUAACCCCUUUCUAACUCUGCUUUCACUGCCAGGAUUUCAAUUAUGAAACCCUCCGCUGCUGCUCUUGUUUGUUCAAUUGAGGUCAAGUAUUGGUGCCAUGAUCGACGGGAUCACAGCUCCACCACGCUAUUGACCAGUGGGCUGCAGAGCAAUGCUUGGCAUAUAAUAGCUGACUGCUCACAUAAAGGAUCAGAAAACUCAGUUUGCCAUUCACUAUGAUAUUAAUGUUGACGAUAAUGUCGCCCUUUAUUCCAGAAAACACGAUCUACAAAUCCACCCAAAAAGUACCUUCCAGAUCCGGCCUGUGAGUUGCCGCAUUGGGUCGAGACAAAAAUUACGCGCUGCCAAAUUGAACAUUUCCAGUGACGAGAAUGAUAUUGCUAGAGGUUGAACCACGAUGACGUUUUCUUCUGGGUUGGUCUGCCUAGCGUUGGCUUUCACUUGUACCUAUGCAGCCAGUCUUUCGUACAUCUCACAGCAAAAAGGAUGGGUCGAGCUGGCACCUAUUGCUCGAGGACCUCGUCAAGAACACGGUGUGGCUUUUGCAGGUGAUGAUGUCUAUAUCAUUGGCGGCGUCCCACGCGUGCCAGCAAACCCGACUACUGUGCCCAGUCUAGAUUGGGCCGAUGCCUACUCGACGAAGGAUGAUACCUGGCGUGUUAUUGCCCCUAUUCCUACGCCAAUGAACCAUGCCAAUGCUGUUGGGGUGAAUGGGAAAAUCUAUGUCCUAGGCGGCAUGACCGGGGACAAUUACUGGAAGGCAAUACCAGACUGCUAUGAAUACGACCCUAAGGCAGAUGUCUGGACUACGUUGCCAUCAAUGCCUGCUGAUCAGGCACGCGGCGCGUCCGCUCUAGGGGUACGAGGGUCAAAUAUCUAUCUUGGAGGCGGUGUUAUUUUAACGAACCUAACCACGACGUUUCAAAUCAGCGUUGCUACAGUGACGACCUACAACAUAGAUAUUCAGAAAUGGGACACCCUGCCGGAUCUUCCAGAAGCGCGAGACCAUGUCGGGGGAGCAGUAAUCGACGGCACAUUCUAUGUCGUCGGGGGGCGCGUGAAUGGAAACUACAAUGUCCGCAACACGACCUUCGCGCUGGACUUGGACAGACCUGAUAGUGGCGAGGCCCGAUGGGUUGAGAAGGCGCCAAUGCCGACUGCUCGCGGCGGCUUGGCGACGAGCUAUAUCGAUGGCGUUAUUUACACCUUUGGCGGCGAGGGAAAUCCUGACCUGAUCCCCAACGGGGUAUAUAACGCCACCGAGGCUUAUAAUGUUGCGACUGAUACUUGGGCCCGUCUUCAGUCGAUGUCGCUUCCCCGGCACGGAACAAACGCAGUCGCUAUCGGGAGUUGCAACUACAGUCCAGGCGGCGGCAAUGUGGCUGGUCCUGGCGCAGUCGACUGGAAUGGUGCUUUUUGUGUAGCUAAUGCCAAUGAUCCAUCGUAGAUACAAGCCAUCGGCUUUAGAUAGAAAAGUAGUAAACAUUAACACUAGAGGACAAUUCUAUGACAUGUCACGAGAGUAC